GUUCGUCACCUGUCACGCUUACACGCACACACCCGCCGUGUGUACAGCAUCACGGAGGGAGCGAAGGCCUAGAAGCAUCACCUUCCUUGGCUCUUGCCCUACCGCUGGACAGAAGCCGAUUGCGGGGUGUACAGGAUAAGCUACGGAAAGACACACCAGGAGUACGAGAGCGAGCACGUCGGUCGGCAAUUGCCACCACCACCGGCCAGGACGCAGAAGCGGCGGGGGUGGCGCCGGCUUGGGGGGAGGGGGGAGUUUCCGACGCAUCAAGAGAACGAGAGCGAGAGAGGAUACCGGGAGAACGAAGAAGCUCAUUAAACAUCUAUCGUGUCUCCGCAAAAAUUGAUUCCCGCGGACCGGGCUACGGGGGGAGGCGGGGUAUGGCUUCGAGCCUUGAUGACAAUGCUGCAGCCGAGGAGAAGUUCGCGUACACAGCGUCGGAGAUAUUUUCCAUCGUUUCGCCGUACGUGUUCCACACACACGCCCCGAGAGUUUUCUCGGAAAUUUCCGAGGCUCUGCGGAGGGCCCAGGAUGCCAGCGCGGAGGUGAUGGCCCGGCUGGAGGCUUCAGAAACUGCGCAGGAGGAACAGCGGCGCAUGCGGGCGGCGGAAGCGCGGGGUUACGUCUCGAGACUCAGGGAGCUGCAGGCGCUGAUGAAGGCCAGGGUGGAGAGAGAGAUCGAGGGCGCCAAAGCCAGAAAAUCUCUCAAGCGGAAGCUGGAAGAGGAGUGUGUGCGAUCUGCUCGGCUAGAGCAAGGACUGGCCGAUGCGGAGGACAAACAAAGACGCCUCCGAAGAAAAUUUGCGUCCGAGAAGAAGGCUCUUGAGCAGUGGUGGCGUUCCACUCUGGAUCAGGCGGUGGUUUCUGCCCGGGAGGCGGAGCGGUCAAAGGCAAGCGCAAAGGUUGAGGGUGCGAUGGUCAGGAAAUUGCGGUCCCUGUCCACAGAGGUGGCUACACUCAAAGGAAAGCUCAAGCUUCUGCAGGAGGAAAACGCCACGUACGCGGAAGCUCUCCGUGCUCGCACUCCUCGGCCAUCUUCUGGGCCCCUCAAAGUUGACGGCGAUCGGCUUCCUAGAUCCGAAUCUUUCGGACGACGGGCCAAGAGUGAGAUAUCUCGGCUAUCCGCUUCCGCGGCCGCUACUGCCGCCAUGGACGAGAGAAGUUCGGCCGACUCGGCAGAAAACUCGCCGAGGUCCAAGGUGUCGUCGACCCUCUCCGAAUUCAUCUCGGGCAUUUCCGAGCGCGGGCUAGACCUCGCCGUGCGAUUGCGGAAGUCCAUCUCGGAGCACGCCUCGGGGCUCGGCUUCUCCCCGCGGGUGUCGCGGCGCCGCCGUUUCUUUAGCGGGGAGGACGAGGACGACGAGGACGACGAGGACGAGGAGGGGGGGGAGGGGAGUAUUGACGCCGGUGGGAGUGCUGGCUUCGAUGUUGAUUUUUCGUGGCACCCGGGCUACUUCUCGGAGCAGAGCGGCACGCAGGAGCAGGCGCAGCAGACUUUCGCGAUCGCGAUGCCGGGAGAGGGUGCAGCAGCCUUUGCGGAGGGAACGGUAUCUCCAGCAGCAACACCGACAGCAGUAACAUCGGCCACCGGUCGGUACCGAUUGGACCAGCAAGCGACUACUUCUCCUCCUCCUCCUCCUCCUCCUCCUCCUCCUCCUCCUCUUCCUUCUCCUCUGACGGGGGUGUCAGCGGCGGCGGCGGUGGGCACCCACGCCCCGUCUGUCUCCAAAGAAGGCGCCCACGCUGGCAGCAAGCGUCGAGGGCUGGGCCCGUUUCGCAGCUCAUUUCGCGGCGCCGCCGUUACGGAAGCUCCGAUUCCCGUCACUCCGGGUGCUGGCAGCACUGCUCUCGAUCCCGCCCGCAACAAAGGCGGCGGUGGCGACCUCUUGGUCAAGUUUCCCGCCGGAACGACGGCGGCUCUGAGCAGUCGGCGGCGGCGGCACCAGCGUUCCCUCGGAGGCGGCGCGGCCGACGGCUCGAUUGACCCGUCCCUCCGCGCCCUGCUGGCGUCGGGAGAGUUUUUCCACUCCACGGGGGGGAGGAUCGAAGGUGCCGGCGGCGGCGGCAACGGCGGCAACGGCGGCAACGGCAAGCCCUUUCGAGCGUCAGACAAAGGCCUCGAGCGGGAGAGAGCAGCUACUACUAGUGGGGCGCGGCAGGCAGAAAGAACCACCCCCCCGGAGCACAACGGGCGGGGAGAACCGCGUCGCGUCGAGGGAGGCAACGAUAAGAAUCCUGCAGCGGUUGCGGGGCCGCUGCCGGUAGGGGAAGGGGGGGAUAUCCAGUCGGUUUACGGGGCCCCCUCGUUCUCCCACCGGGGUGGUAGCAGCGGGAGCGGGGUUGGGCGAGGUGACCUCAGCGGUGGAUUCCAGUUACAAGGUGUUGGUCAUGAAGGACGGGGGGUCGGGAACUUCGAGGGCGAAGGCGGUGGUUGCGGAGUCCGGCCUUCUUCCUGCGCUGAUCCCGCGGCGGCAGUUGUUGUCGCCGGGGGUUGCGUUCAUGGUGGUGCUGGGGAGGCGGUGACGGGUGUCGUCGUCGAAUGCGACGCGCAACAGUCCGCGGCAGGACCGGCCUCGGUGCCCCCGGAGGAAGACUCUCUCCUCUUCUCGACGACGGCGGCCGUCUCAGGCAACCCGGACAUGGGUCCGCGCAGACGGAAACGGCUGAACGACUUGUUCCCGGCCAAGGGCACGAGCGCCGGCGACAUUGCAGCACCAGCGGCGACAGUUGUACUGCGUACUGAUGAUGGUGCUCUUGCUGGUGCGGGCAAGGGGACGCAACGCCUGCCCCUGGACGACUUGCUGCGCGACAUGUGGGCAGUGUCAUUCAUUGAGGGGCCAGGGGAGGGCGACGACGCGGGCGGAAGCGUGGUUUCUUCUUCCGCUGCUGCCGGAAAAGUGCAAGGCGCAACGGCGGGCGGCGCGGGGGCGGCGGCGGAGGAGGAGGAGGAGGGGUCGUCCUCGUAGCGGCUGGAAGGCAGGCUGCGUACCGUAUCGAUGUAAAGAAUGGGCUGUUGCUGCCGCUGCUUCUGCUGCUGCUGCUCCCGCGUGUUGUGGCGCCCACCCCACGGGGAGAGCGGUGAUUUUUUUUGUGUUUCCUCGGCGCUGUGAUGGCCGUGAUCACACCGUAGAAGUAACAGACAGAUCAAAGUGCAGAUGUUUGGUGUGCUUCCGGGUUGACUCAUUCCUGUACACAUAUACGAGAGCUCAACUUUGGCUUUUUCCGUGUCGUCGUCUCGAUGCGGGCCCGACGACAUAGAUCGUACGGGAGGUGAUCUGGAGCGUUGCUGCGGGGAGUUUACUUUUGAGACGGGAAUGUUUGUGCACAGUCGAAGGUUUGGGUGCGCUCGAGGGCGCUCGAGGGGCGGGGCGGCGCAAGUGUGUUUUGAGCAGCCCGUUAGCUCGGUUGGCGUCUGCCGAUCUAGCUCCUUGCGUGGGUAAGCAUUCGCCCGUGGUGCUGUUGCCCUCCCCCGUUGCCACCCUAGAAAAAUGAUCCACUGGUGUUUUGUUACCCCCCUCGUGUUUGUUUUUUUGCUCCGAUGGGAUCAAAGGUGGUCUUGCAAACUUGCAUGGAAAUGGUCUGGUUUACGCGUUUCGUUUUUUUUCUUUCUCUUACAUUUCACAGUAACGAACGAUAUCAUUCACUUUUUGCUUUAUUUGGAAAUUGGGGGGCGGUGCUACGAGUCAAGUUAUUUGUGUUACUUUUCGGCACCCUUAUCUGAGAGCACAGGCCUCACCUGUUGUAAAUGGAUGUCGGCUAAGACGUGGGUGGGGGUGUUCUGGAGAUUCUGUGUUUUCGGGCGGAAUUGUUGUGUGGCAAUAGGGAUUCUGCAAACAAACGUUGGGUGGGUGUAAUAUUUAGUUUACCAUCAGGAUGGCAGCGAGGCGAGAAGGUGGGGUGGGACGGUGGGGCCAGAAGAACUUCGCCUGUUAAGGACAUUUUCCUAUUUCUUCGAUACAGCCGUGCGC